AUGCAGUUCCCCACCCUCCUCCUCGCCGCCCUCUUCGGGACCGCCGCCCUCGCCGCUCCCAGCGGCGCCAUGGGCCACGGCCUCGCCGCGCGCCUCGCCACGCGCACGCAGCGGCAAUCGCAGCCGCUCUCGCGCGUCGGCAGCGCCGCGGGGCCCGUGUCCGUCUCCGGCAGCAACGGCAACGGCAACGCGACUUCGCACGUCGAGUACUCGUCCAACUGGGCGGGCGCCGUGUACGAGGAGCCGCCGUCGGGCACCUUCACCGCCGUGUCGGCGACCGUCACCGUGCCCGUCCCGACCGCCACCGCCGCGGGCACGUACUCGGCGUCGGCGUGGGUCGGCAUCGACGGCGACACGUGCGGCUCGGCCAUCCUGCAGACGGGCGUGGAUUUCACGGCGACCAAGAGCGGGAGCAAGACGUCGUAUUCGUAUGAUGCUUGGUAUGAGUGGUACCCCGACUACGCGUACGACUUCAGCUCGUUCAGCGUCAGCGCGGGCGACGUCAUCGUCAUGUCGGUCGUGUCGUCGUCGUCGACGUCGGGGACGGCCACGCUCGACAACCUGACCACCGGCAAGACGGUCAGCAAGACCCUCUCUUCCAGCUCCGCCCUGUGCGGCGAGAACGCCGAGUGGAUCGUCGAGGACUUCGAGUCCAACGGCGAGCUCGUCGCCUUCGCCGACUUCGGCACCGUCCUGUUCACCGGCGCCUCCGCCAAGACCACCACCGAGACGGUCGGCACGAGCGAUGCCACCCUCAUCGACAUCAAGCAGGGCAACUCCGUCUUGACCUCGGCUUCGAUCCCGAGCUCGUCCGAGGUUGAGGUUACUUAUGAGUAG